ACAGUAUCGUUUAUCAUUUUAUUAAAAUUAUAUGUACAAUUAUCCUACUAAUACUUAUUCAGAGAAUUGCGUCCGGAAUGGAAAAACCGAAAGAAGCUAAAAAAAUUCGAAAACCUUACGAAGAAAUUGGUGCUAUAUUCAACGGAAAUGAGGUAAAAAUAAGAGUACCUAAAAGUACAUCGAAACCUCCGAAACUAACAUCAUCUCAGCUGAAGCUGCAACAGCACUGCACAUGUGAAGAUGACCAAUCGGUCUGCUCCGAGACGUGUGGAUUGCCAGGACAGUCAGUGGGCGAUGGUCGAGCAGCCAAUUUGUUUAACAUUCAGGUCCCUGAUGACAUCUGUGAGUCGCUCACUCACCGCACUGCGAUGAAUUCAGAGGUAGUAUACAGCACCGCGGAAAAACACGACACCCUUUGCAAUGUAUGUAACGUGACACCCAAAGACGCUCCCAAAGGUGUGCAAGCACAGAAGGUACUCCAUCCAGACAAAGAUGUUUUCAUCCUGCAGAUCGGCAAACAAACAGAUGAACCCAACCGAACUGGAAAUAUAGAGGUCGAAUUGAUAACUCCUAGAGCUCCCGCGAAACUAAAGCCGGCUACACACGCCUGUAAGCAGAUACAAUGCGAAGACGAUGAUAUACCGUACUGCGUACCAUGCAGGACUUGUAGAGUGCCCGCGCCCAGGAAGAAGAGGAAGCGUGCGGGAUGUUGUAAAAAAUAA